AUGCUGGCCUGUGCGCUAAGCGAGACGCCUGAUUAUCCUGAGGCGCGCAAGGCUCUCUUUCAUAGCAAUAUCGUGUUCUUUCCAUAUCCCACAACCACAACACUUCUACAACUCUAUCCCUAUGGCUUGCGAAGCGCGCAUGUUCAUGCAAACUUGCCACCCCGGUUGGUACUUCUCAUCAAUGACCUUCCAAAUGAGGCUAGAAUGGUUCGAUCUCCGAAACGGAUGAUCGCCACCCUCUGCUUCAAAUCUUACUCAGCAUCAGAUCAUCUGACCUCAAAAGUCACUCAAGCCUUGUGUAAUUAUCUGCAGAAUCAGUUUCCGGCUUUGCACUUUGAUUUGUUCUCACAGCACGGACCUCCUAGCGGGGCGGGACUGGUCCUGGUGCUGCGGCAUUGCUCGUGGGUGCUGCGCAAGCCGAAUCAGCCUCCACGGAGCUGCCCUCUCUCACCACCGAAGUUUGAACUCUGCCUCCCGAACGCCGCUGUCGCUUCCCAUCCUACGAUGACGAACCCUUUUCGCUAUCAAGACCCGUUCGGACCGAUCUUAUUGGCUAGGUCUACGGAUCUGAGCCACAACUCGACGAUAAUAAGAGCCCCCCCGGCCACCGAGUCUCCACCAUACGUCGUCUCCCAGCAGACGCAGCACCGGGAGGCUCUAGUUCCUUCAGUUGGCUGA